GAUCUGGCAACCCUCCUGUUAGCCACAGUAGUAGGACUCGCACUACUACGCGGAAUCUCCUAAACACAUCUAUUUUAUUUAAUAAAGGAGGAGGAGACGGCGGACACUUUCUGUUACUGAUCAUGGAUUACGGGAGGCGGAGCGGACGCUGUGAUCGUAUGGGGCAUGCAGAAAUCAAGGAUCACGAUUACAGAGACGUGGACUACCGCGGAUACUCGCGCGACGGCGGAUAUGACGAAAGCGAAGGUGUAAGUAAAGACCGACAGCACGGACGCGGUGAGUUUGAUGAAAAUCGGUUCAGAGGGAGAGGAAACCGAGAGGGCGGAGACGGACCCCGACGAGGCAGCGGCUUUUCGAAUUCCCACACGCACUUCGAGCAGGAGGAGAGAGACCUUCGGUUCGAGGACGAGCACGAGCACGAUGUCCACGCGCGAGACUAUGAGCGCUACAGACGCAGAUCAGAAGACUGGAGGAGAGACGGAGGACAAGCGGAGGAGGAAAAAUAUUCCAGAUCAAGAAGGCAGCAGUGCGGAUGGAGGGAUGAGGACGGAGAGAUGAGUUACAGGAGAGAGUCGAGUGUGGAGGACUCGGAGCUGCGGGAUCAUGAUUACAGAGCUGAAGACCAGAAACCAAGCAACAUCAUCAUGCUGAGGAUGCUACCACCCGACGCCACCACCAACGAGAUCCGAGCCCUACUCCAGGUUCAGGGGAUUCAGCCUCGAGAUGUUCGACUGAUGCGGAACAAAUCUUCAGGUCAGAGCCGAGGAUUCGCCUUCGUCGAGUUUAAUCACUUGCAGGAGGCCAGCCGCUGGAUGGAGACCAACCAGAGAGUGCUCACUGUUCUUGGACACAGAGUGUCUAUGCACUAUAGUGACCCAAAGCCACGCGCUAACGAGGACUGGCUCUGUAACAAGUGCGGAGUGCAGAACUUCAAGCGAAGGGAGAAAUGUUUCAAAUGUGGAGUUCCAAAAUCAGACGCCGAGCACAAACUGGCCGUGCUGCAAAAAGAUUUACCCCAGAGGCAGUUGAAGGACUCAUCACAGGGCUUACUGCCUCUUCCUACCAUCUAUCAGACAGCCAGCCCUCUGCUCAACAUCGCCGCGUCGUCUCAGACCGCGGAGGCAGCAAACGACACCCUAAUCCUCAGGAAUCUCGGUCCUCACACCACAUUGGAGGCCAUUUUGUCGUCUCUGGCGCCAUUCGCUACUCUGUCUUCCUCCAACGUUCGGCUCAUUAAAGAUAAACAGACGCAGCUGAAUCGUGGAUUCGCCUUCGUGCAGCUCACCACCAUCGUGGAGGCGUCUCAGCUGCUGCAGAUCCUUCAGGCUCUUCAGCCUCCGCUGUCCAUCGAUGGGAAAAGUGUGACUGUGGAGUUCGCCAAGGGCUCAAAACGCGAGGUGUGUGUGACUGACAGCAGUCGUGUGAGUGCAGCUACAGUAGCAAGUACAGCCAUUGCUGCAGCACAGUGGGCUGUUUCCCAGCUUUCCGCAGGAGGAGACGUGAGUGUGUACCAGCAGGGGGCAGCAACAUCUGCGUUCACGCAGCAGAGACCAGAAGGAGUUGCCGCAGAGGCAGUCAGCUAUCAAGGGGCCGGGGCUGUUGUCGGGACAGGCCCCGUGACAAAUUCUGCUCCAGGGUUAAUAGGUGCCUAUGAAGGGGGAAGCGUGACUACAGCUGCUCUGGUUCCCACGGUAACCGAAGGCGCAGCAGUCAGUUCUGCGCUCAUACAGACACACUCACAAGUUGUCAGCACACAGCCAAACCAGGUGGAGAUUGUUGGAAAGCCUCAGCCUGCCACACCAGGAACAGCGUAUGAGCGUCAGCAGUACCCUGAUCCUGAUGUGUCCACUUAUCAGUAUGAUGAAAGCUCAGGUUAUUACUACGAUCCUCUGACUGGACUUUACUACGAUCCCAACUCCCAGUAUUACUAUAACCCUCACACUCAGCAGUACAUGUACUGGGACGGAGAGAAACACACCUACAUUCCUGCUGCUAAUGACGGUGCUGAUCCUGCUGCUAUGGCAACGACCUCUGACCUCUCCGCUUCGACGAAGGACAAGAAGGACAAACCCAAAACCAAGACAGCGCAGCAGAUUGCUAAAGACAUGGAGCGCUGGGCUAAAAGUAUGAACCGGCAGAAGGAGAGCGUUCGCUCGGCCUCUUCCGCUCUCACGCAGGCUCGACUCGCGGACGAGCGCAGAGAAUCGGCCAGCGCCGACGCCGGAUACGCCAUCCUGGAGAAGAAGGGUGCUCUGUUAGAGCGAUUGCAGAUUCUGUCGGAGCACAUACAACAUCCCGAAGAAAGAGAGAGUCCUCCUCCUCAGAGUUCGGCGUCGGUGUACAGAGGAGAGACGGACGGAGAGGAUGGGGGAGGAGGAGAGAGGGAUGAGAGGAUGACAGACUGGGCUAAACUGGCGUGUUUACUCUGCAGGAGACAGUUUCCCAGUAAAGAAGCUUUAAUCAGACAUCAGCAGCUCUCCGAGCUCCAUAAGCAAAAUCUCGAGCAGAGAAGAGCUCGACAGGUGCUGCAGGAGAGCAUGGAGAGCCAGAUGAAAUACAGGAGCGACACACCAGACGCCAAAAAGAGGAAAUACAGUCCCAUGUGACGGCACACACACACACACACACAGUGCACACCACAAACGGUCAAUACCAUAUCACACAGAGCCAUAAUUAACACUGAGUGUUAGGAGAAUAUUCGGAUCGAUUAUUAUAUAUUUUGGUUUUUUUACCUUGUCGGAUUAUUUCGCACGCAUUCAAACACUGCAUCUCUCUUAGUGUUAAAUAAUGCAUUCUUCAGUAAUAAGAAUCCACUGAGGAAAGUGUUGUGUGUGUUUGAUAACUGGAAAAAAAAAAACCCCUUCACCACAGUGUGGUGUCUUAAAAAUCCCAGCCUUUUUAUUUUCAGGAAAAAAAAAAAAAAAAAAAAAAGUGUAAUGUCAACAACAAUCCGAAAUAGUUUAUGGUGUGAAGACUAUAUUUUAGAAAUGUGAUUUUUUUUUUUAAAUUUUAUGUAAAACUGUCAUAAAUCAUAGUCCUGGCAUGUGUACGGAUAUGAUAAAUUCCUGUUCUAACGAGUGUCUGUUUUUAAAAAAGUAAAACAUUAGCUGCCAUAAUAAGGGUUUGAUUAUUAUUAUUAUUAUUAUUAUUAUUAUUAUUAUUAUGAUGAUUUUUAUUAUUUGGGGGAUGGCACAAAUAUUCAGGAUUACUAGAAAAAGCCUUUUAAAAAAAAAAAAGAAAUAAAAAAAAAGUCAUAGCAAUAUUUGAACUGAAUGUGAUGUCAGUAUCAGCGAAUGGAAUAGCAGAACACUCUUUCAGAUUGUUCCAUGGUGUGAAGCCGUUUCAUUAAAAACUUCCUCCGCGUUUGUGUGUAAAACGUCGACAGUGUCUAUGCAGCAAGGUUAGUCACGUCGGUGAAACGCGAACACUCGAGACGUUUAAUCUCCACACCCUAUAUGUGCCAGGUCGUGUUUGUGCGUUAUUCCACGUUCAAAUCUAAAACAUCUCGCGAACUAGCAAGGAAAAAUCGAUCAACGUGAUCUUAGCCGGCUGAGCAGUAGGCAACGUGGUUUAAGUCGAAGGUACGACGGGCGAAUUCAUUCAGACUUGCGUGAAUACGACGUUUUCAAAUAGGAGAAAUAGUCCAGAAUCAGCAUUUUGAAAAUACAUAUUAAAUGAUAAAGCCAAUAGGAAGCAAGGGGUGUGUCUGGUUAAUGAAGGGGAGGGGAGGGGCGGGGUUGGAUAGGGUGGGCGGGGUUGUGAUGAUGCAUACACAUGUUCUCUCCGGGAUAUAUGUGUAUUUUUUUAAGUCUAUAUAUAUUUUACUGAGCUGUUUUACGAGCAAAGGUUUUAAAAGAAAAGAGGCAAUGAUAUUAGUUACAUCACUCCUGUCUUGUUAAUUGUUUAUAAAUGUAAAUAAUUAUAUAAAUGAAAAAUAAAGCCUUGGACUGCGUUGUACACUG